AUGGUUCAAUUCGAUUUCUCCGCUGUGUCGGCGACACAAGUUAAGUAUGCCGUCGCCGGCCUACUCGGUGUCUAUCUACUCCAAGGUACUAUAAGAUUUAUUGCGGAAGGUGUCUACUGGCGACGAAGAUUCAGAAACAGCCCCGACUUCCCUCAACCACCCCACCACUGGCUAUUGGGUCACCUUCUCGUAAUGGCGAAAAUUACCCAGGAAAUCCCGAUGGAUGCCCAUCCGCACGUUCAACUACCAGCUCUCCUAGAAAAAUACGGUCUCAAAGAGAAGGGUAUCAUGUAUCUUGAUAUCUGGCCGAUGGGUUCCCCUAUGGUUGUUGUUUGCGACCCAAACAUGGCCUACCAAUGCGCUCAACAAUAUUCUCUUCCUAAGGCUAUCAAGGAACUUGAUCCGAUUCUGACACCCCUCUCCGGACCUGGAAACUUAGUUGCAUCAGAUGGCAACUUCUGGAAGUUCUGGAGAUCAGUUUUCAACCCCGGCUUUGCAGCACAGCACUUGAUGACAUUGGUACCCGGAAUCGUCAAAGACUGUGAAGUUUUCUGUAAAGUUAUGGAGCAAGCCGCUGCCAGUGGCAAGGUUGUUAACCUUGAAAAAUUAACAACCUGUCUUACCAUCGACAUUAUCGGUCGCGUGGUUGUAGACGAAGAACUUGAAAGCCAGACCCGGACCCACCCCCUCGUCGAAGCCUUUAAGUCCCAGAUCAGCUGGCUACCCGCUGCCGUUGAAUACAACCCGUGGUACCGAUGGCAUCCAAUGCGCCCAAUUGUGUAUUGGUGGAAUCAGCGUACCAUGCGAGGAAUCCUCGGUAGCUUCCUCGAUAAGCGUUUCAAAACAAGAGAUCCGAUGCUUCAGUCUGGAAAGAGGGGCAAGCCUGUUGUUGAUCUUGCACUCGAAACAUAUUUUAAACAGAAAGAAGGCAAUGUUACCGCGAUGGAUGAGGAAUUUAGAAAGCAUGCCAUUACACAAAUGAUGAUCUUCGUGUUCGCUGGCCAUGAUACAACUAGCUCCACAAUUUGCUAUAUCUUCCACAAGCUAUCUUACUUCCCAGAGAAGAUGGUCAGAGCAAGACAGGAACUUGACGAAAUCUUCGGAACUAAUUUAGACGACGCCCCAAAAAUGUUGGCUGAGAACCCGCAUUUGAUGAACAAGAUGGAAUAUUGCACAGCUAUUAUCCGCGAAGUUCUCCGAAUGUAUCCACCGGCGAGUUCAGUUAGGGCUGGAGUAAAAGGAUUUUUCGUCAAAGAUGAUCAGGGCAGCCUCUAUGAUACUGAUGGACUAAUGGUCUGGCUUGCUUCCCUCCCCGUACAUGUUAACGACAAAUACUGGAAAGAUCCUUACGAAUUCCGUCCCGAGCGAUGGCUUGAGGAAGAAAUCCCCAAGGAAGCCUGGAGGCCAUUCGAACGCGGCCCUAGAAAUUGCAUCGGGCAAGAAUUAGCUAUGAUUGAAACGAAGGUCAUUAUGGCAUUGACACUGAGGAAGUUUAAUAUUGAAGCACAAAGACAACCACCUCCACCCAACGGCGUUAACGAGGUCCGCGGGGAGUUUGUUUAUCAAGUCCUGGCAGGUAGCGCAAAGCCAAAGGGUGGUAUGCCAUCUCUCGUCAAAUUGGCACCACCUAGGGUUAUGUAA